UCGACGUCAGCGCACGCUGGCGUCACCCAACCACGCCCUCGGGGGCGUGACGCGUGGGCGGCGCCAAAUUCAAAUCCGUGGCCAUCUUGGCGGGAGGAUCCUAGCGGCUACGGCGGUCGCGAAUCUGCGCGGAGGUCGCCAUGGCCCCUGGCUGCAAAGCUGAGUUACGAAAUGGGAUGAAUUCUCAUUCCACCCAGCCAAGUAAUGAAGGUGAUGCCAUCAAAGUUUUUGUGAGAAUCCGUCCUCCUGCGGAGGGCCCAGGACCUUCAGAUGGAGAGCACAGCUUGUGCUUGUCUGUGCUCUCCCCGACGACGCUCCGGCUGCACUCCAACCCAGACCCCAAGACCUUUGUGUUUGAUUAUGUUGCAGGCAUGGACACCACUCAGGAGUCUGUGUUCUCAACAGUGGCUAAAAGCAUUGUGGCGUCCUGCAUGAGCGGUUAUAACGGGACCAUCUUUGCAUACGGACAGACUGGCUCAGGAAAGACAUUUACUAUGAUGGGACCAUCAGACUCCGAUAAUUUUUCUCAUAAUCUGAGAGGAGUAAUCCCACGAAGUUUUGAAUAUUUGUUUUCCUUAAUUGAUCGUGAAAAAGAAAAGGCUGGCGCUGGGAAGACGUUCCUGUGUAAGUGCUCCUUUAUUGAGGUCUACAAUGAGCAGAUCUAUGACCUGCUGGACUCGGCGUCAGCUGGACUGUACUUGAGGGAACACAUAAAGAAGGGCGUCUUUGUGGUCGGUGCCGUGGAGCAGGUGGUGACCUCAGCUGCUGAGGCCUAUCAGGUCUUAUCUAGAGGAUGGAGGAACAGGCGUGUAGCGUCGACAUCCAUGAACAGAGAAUCCUCUAGGUCUCAUGCAGUCUUUACAAUCACAAUAGAAUCAAUGGAGAAAAGCAACGAAACUGUGAACAUUCGGACCUCCCUCCUCAACUUGGUGGAUUUAGCAGGAUCUGAGAGACAGAAAGAUACCCAUGCAGAAGGGAUGAGGUUGAAGGAAGCAGGUAACAUAAACCGAUCGCUGAGCUGCCUGGGCCAGGUCAUCACUGCACUUGUUGACGUGGGCAAUGGAAAACAGAGGCAUGUCUGCUACAGAGACUCCAAACUUACCUUCUUACUUCGGGAUUCGCUUGGUGGUAAUGCCAAAACAUCCAUAAUUGCAAAUGUUCAUCCAGGAUCCAGGUGUUUUGGGGAAACACUGUCAACACUUAAUUUUGCUCAAAGGGCCAAGCUGAUUAAAAACAAGGCUGUGGUGAACGAAGAUACCCAAGGAAAUGUCAGCCAGCUGCAAGCUGAAGUGAAGAGGCUCAAGGAACAGCUAUCUCAAUUUACUUCUGGUCAGAUCAUGCCAGAAAGCUUACUGACCAGAGACAAAGAGAAGACUAACUACAUAGAACAUUUCCUGGAAGCAAUGCUAUUCUUUAAGAAAUCUGAGCAGGAAAAGAAGUCUCUGGCAGAAAAAAUUACCCAACUAGAAGACCUCACCCUCAAAAAGGAAAAGUUUAUUCAGUCUAAUAAAAUGAUCGUGAAGUUCCGCGAGGACCAGAUAAUGCGUCUAGAGAGGCUGCAGAAGGAGGCCCGGGGACGCUUCCUGCCUGAGGAGCAGGACCGGCUGUUGUCCGAGCUGAGGGACGAGAUCCAGACUCUGCGAGAACAAGUGGAGCACCACCCCAGAGUUGCAAAGUAUGCUAUGGAAAAUCAUUCCCUCCGGGAAGAGAAUAGAAGACUGAAAUUAUUAGAGCCUGUGAGAAGAGCCCACGAAAUAGAUGCCCAGUCUAUUGCGAGACUAGAAAAGGCUUUCUCUGAAGUGUCUAGCAAAGAGAAAAACGACAAAGGUCUGCAAGGAUUUUCUCCCAAAGCACUGAAAGAACCAAAUUUCUUCGUAAACACUGAGAAGUUAAAAGCACAGCUCCUGCAAAUUCAGACAGAGCUAAAUAACUCAAAGCAAGAAUAUGAAGAGUUCAAAGAGCUAACUCGGAAAAAGCAGGUAGAACUGGAAUCUGAGCUUCAGUCUUUGCAAAAAGCAAACCUCAAUCUUGAAAACCUUUUGGAAGCAACAAAAGCCUGCAAGCGCCAGGAAGUUUCCCAGCUGAAUAGAAUUCAUGCCGAAACACUUAAGACAAUCACCACUCCAACGAAGGCUUAUUCACACUGUUCAAAACUGGCCACAAAGUCAAGCCCUGAGGUGGGGAAUUUCGGCUUCCUGUACACACAGAAUUCCAGCAGUUCAGACAACGACAUAUUAAAUGAGCCAGUGCCGCCUGAGAUGAGUGAACAAGCUUUGGAGGCCCUCUCUGAAGAGCUUCGAACUGUGCAGGAACAACUGAGCGCUCUUCAAGUCAAGCUGGACGAAGAAGAGCACAAAAACCUGAAACUUCAGCAGACGGUUGACAAACUGGAGCACCACUCUACACAGAUGCAGGAGCUUUUUUCAUCAGAAAGAAGUGAUUGGACCAAACAGCAACAAGACUAUCUUGCGCAGUUGAAUGACCUUGAAAAACAGCUUCAGGAUACUCACACUAAGAACGACUUUUUGAAAUGUGAGGUCCAUGACCUACGAAUUGUUCUUCACUCCGCUGACAAAGAACUUUCUGUGGUGAAACUGGAGUAUAGCACGUUCAAAGAGAGCCAAGAGAAAGAACUAAACCAGCUUUCUGAAAGACACGUGCAGGUUCAGCUUCAGCUGGACAACACCAGAUUAGACAACGAAAAGCUGCUCAAGAGCCAAGCCUGCCUGCAGGAUUCCUACGAUAACUUACAAGAAGUAAUGAAAUUUGAAAUUGACCAACUUUCAAAAAAACUCCAGAGCUGCAAACAAGAAAAUGAAACUUUGAAGUCUGAUCUGCAUAAUCUGAUGGAGCUUUUCGAUGCAGAAAAAGAACGCAACAACAAAUUAUCAAUACAAUUUGAAGAAGAUAAAGAAAAUAGCUCUAAAGAAAUCUUAAAAGUUCUAGAGGCUGUGCGUCAGGAGAAACAGAAAGAGAUGGCCAAAUGUGAGCAGCAGAUGGCAAAAGUACAGAAACUAGAAGAAAGCUUGCUUGCUACUGAAAACGUGAUCAGUUCUCUGGAAAAGUCUAGAGAUUCGGACAAGGAACUUGUCACUAAUCUCAUGAACCAAAUCCAGGAGUUAAGAACAUCAGUUGGUGAAAAAUCAGAAACCAUAGACACCCUGAAACAAGAACUACAAGACAUCAAUUGCAAGUACAAUGUUGCUGUGGCUGAGAAAGAAGAGAGCAAAGAGUUGAUCAGGAGACAGGAAGUGGAUAUCCUGGAACUAAAAGAAACUCUCAGACUGAGAAUCCUCUCAGAGGACAUUGAGAAGGACAUGCUGUGUGAAGAUCUGGCCCAUGCCACUGAGCAGCUGAACACGCUCACAGAGGCCUCAAAGAAGCACUCUGGGCUCCUGCAGUCUGCCCAGGAAGAGCUGACCAAGAAGGAGGCGCUGAUCCAGGAGCUUCAGCACAAGUUAAACCAAGAGAAAGAGGAAGUAGAGCAGAAGAAGAAUGAAUAUAACUUCAAAAUGAGACAGCUGGGGCAUGUGAUGGAUUUUGCUACCGAGUAUCCACAGAGUCCCAAAACACCACCUCCUUUUCAACCUCAUUUGGCAAAACUCUUGGAAACACAAGAACAAGAGAUUGAAGAUGGACGGGCCUCUAAGAAUUUUUUGCAGCACCUUGUUACAAAACUAAAUGAAGAAAGAGAAGUCAGAAAUGCUGAAAUCCUCAGGAUGAAGGAUCAGCUGUGUGAAAUGGAGACUCUGCGCCUGGAGUCUCAGCAAUUAAGAGAGAAAAACUGGCUCCUGCAAAGUCAGCUGGAUGAUGUUAAAAGGCAGAAGGACAGUGGCAGUCAGAGUCACCCAGAGAGUCAACCGCUGAAGAACGAACAUGAAGAGGAGAUUGUCAAAGAAAGACUUGCUAAAAAUAAACUUAUUGAAGAAAUGCUGAAGAUGAGAACAGAGCUAGAAGAAGUCCAAAGUGCUCUUCAGAGUAAGGAAAAGGUCUGCCACAGAAUGGGUGAGGAGAUUGAGCGAACCAGAAUUUUGGAGUCCAGAGCAUUUCAGGAAAAGGAGCAGCUGCGGUCAAAACUGGAAGAAAUGUAUGAAGAAAGAGAGAGAACUUUCCAGGAAAUGGAGAUGCUGAGAAAGCAGCUCGAGUAUCUUGCUGAGGAAAAUGGAAAAUUGAUAGGUCAUCGAAACCUACAUCAGAAGAUCCAGUACGUAGUGCGUCUCAAGAAGGAAAAUGUCAGGCUUGCUGAGGAGACAGAAAAGUUGCGUGCUGAAAAUGUGCUUUUGAAAGAAAAGAAAAAGAAUGAGUUCUAAAGCUCCUAGCCAGCUCCCUAAACAUCACGUUGUUUAGAUUGGUUCUUUAAAAGUGAGAUUGCCCUUGCCCAAGUAAUAGAGCCAAACUAAAAGACCUUAAUUAUAAACCAUGGUGUGCAGUGACCCUCAGUAUUCUGAUGGAAUUCUGCAUGCAAACAGCAGACUGUCAAGUGGGUAACAAUGCACUUCCAGAUUUCCAGUCACUUGUAAGUUCUGGAAGAUCCUUUAAAAUAACCUGCAGCUGAGGUCUCUGGUGAAUGUUGACCAAGUCCUUUUCUCUUUAGAUUCACCUUUGAUAAACUUGGUGUGAAUUUGAUGGCUGGCUGAUUUUGUAGCAAACUUGUUCCUAUACGUUUGUUUGUUUGUUUGUUUGUUUGUUUGUUUGUUUUUUAUAACUAUUGUCAUGAGCAUUUUAUACAUGUCUAUUUUUUUCUACAGUCAAAUAAAUUUUUUCAAAAACAAGUUUUUAAAAAUUGUGUAUAAAUAUUUUGCCUACGUGUAUGUACCUGUAUCACAUGUGUGCCUGGUAUCCUUGGAGGUCAGAAGAAGGUUCCAGAUCUCCUGAAACUAGUUACUGAUAACUGUGAGCUACCUGUGGGUGCUGGGAACAAAACCCAGGCCUUCUGCAAGAACAAGUGCUCUUAACCUCUGGGCUAACUCUCAAGCCCUAGUUGUGAGUCUUUUGACCAGGAUCAUAGGGUCUCGUGUAAUCCAGGUUUACCUUGAUCUCACUCUGUAGGCAAAGAUGCCUGUGAAUUCCUGAUCCUCCUGCUUCUACCUCCAAAGUUUGAGGAUUUUAGGUGUGCACCAUCACACCCAGAUUGUUAGUUAGGUUUUGACAUUGGAUACACAAAUAAUAACCAAGUCACCCCACUAGCUUUACCUGGGCUUAGUUUGCUCUGAAAUCACUGAUUCUGUUGGCCACACGGCUUCCCACUAUUUCUCUACACCUCGCACAUCGGAUGCCAGCAGCUGUCUGCCUUACUCUGCUAAAACAUGAAGACCAUUUCUGCUAAAAGCACAGUGUUACUUUCCUAAUCUUGGGUGAAAACCAUGAGAGAAGCAGCUUAGAUGGGUUUUAGCUUGGCUUGCCCGUUUCCACAGCGUUAAGAUCUCUCCACUGUCAAGAGAAGCAGUAGGAGGCCUCUGCCUGUCAACUUCCUUCACUGCACAUGGAAUCGUUUACACCACAUACUACUCCCUGGGAUAAUCGAUGCUUUUUAUUUAAGAUUUGUUUUUAUAUGUGUAUCUGUGUCCGGGUAUGUGCACACGAGUGGAGGCGCCCAUGGAGGCCAGGAAAAGGCACUGGAUCUCCUGGAGCUCUGAUGUUGUGGGGAGCUGUGAGGUUGUGAGCUGCCUACACUGGUGGCUGGGAUCCGAACUGCUAAGCCAUUUCUCCAGCCCCCAAAACUCCACCCCCUUAUUUCCGGCACAAAACUACCAGCAUGCGGAACAAUGGGACAUGUUAAGAAUGUCCACGGAAAUAGUGUGCUGAACAAGAAGUGAAAUGCGUAGCCCAGGCCUCACAGAUCCAUUUGCCCCUGCCUCCUGAGGUGCGCCCCUAGCCUGGCCGCACCACUUUAUACCCUUCUAAAGCACUUUGGGGUUUUGUUUGUUUUACUUUUUUUUUUUUUUUAAGGAAAUGUACCCACAAUAUACACUGUCAUGGAUUGAAGUCAGGAUUAUCCAUGUGUUAGGGAAGCACUAACUUAGGUCUCCAACCCUCCUUUUUUUAAAACAAACAAACAAAACAACAACAACAACAACUAAAAAACCUUUUUGAGAUAGUCGCAAAAAGUCUUUGGCUGGCCUAGUACUUGCUGUGUUGUCCAGGCUGGCCUCAAGCUCACGAUAAUCCUGCCUCGGCCUCUGUAGUGUUGGAUCUCAGGCCUGUGCCACCAACCAUGCCAGGCUGCCCCAUCCCUCUUAUGUGAGAUGUGUUGUCCAGGAUUGCCAUUAACUUGUAAUAUUGCUGACAAUAGGUGAUGCGUUUUAGAUUUUUGGAUAACUUUACAUGAAUUUUGAAGUGAUUGUGGUUCUGGUGGUUAACAAACCAACGCGGUUAACAAAC